AUGACAGAUCGGCCGAUGCUCACUUCCCGUGAUGGUGAUAAUCCUUCAGCAUGUGAUGUUCCAUCGACUUCCGAUGCAUCUAACAGGUUGUCUAUCGUCGAAGAGGUUCCAAUUCCUGAUCACCAUGCAAUAACUGAAACUCACUCUCUGGCACCGCAAUGUUUAUCUGUAAAUACAGACCAGAUUACUACCACAACACCCUCUCCUACAAGAUCUUUGAGGACUAAAUGUGAGUCACCUUCUCUUUUUGACGGAACAUUUAAUUCUGUAUUUGAACUGAAACUGAGAGAAAACCUCAAAACACCAGAAAACUCUCACUCUACAGAAGCAAAUGUGGCUCCAUCUUUACACCAUCUAAACCUUUCCUCAACUUCACCAGCAACAUUUGAAGAGCUAAGACCCUUUCCAAAAGCGGCGCGCGCUAAUUUUAGAAAAUAG